UGUGCGGUGUCGGCCUGGACGAACACGUAUGUCGUUGCGCCCGUUUGUUUGUUUGUUUAAUAAUAAUAUAUUAUUGAUAAUUGAUUUUUAUUUUUUGGCGGUAUGCGCUCGUUACUGUUAUAAACAUUAAUCGCACGCGCUCGCGCGUGUGUGUAUGUGUGUGUGUGUGUGUGUGUGUGAUUGCAUUACAAUGUCAAGAAAUCGUAAACGCAUACAAAACGUCGUGGACGAAACUGGUUGUCACUUGCGGACCGUUCGCCACGGCCGACGCUCUACCAAUGUUCCUCGUUAACAUACCUACUCGUGCACAGAAAAUAGUUAAUACCUACUAGAGUUUGAAUUCGCGAAACCUUCGAACAUAUAAUAAUAAUAAUAAUAAAAAAAUAUUCAAUAAUUUGCCGUCUUCUACGCGCUCACAAUAGUGUAAUAUAUUGUUAUUAAUAUUAUUAUUUAAUUGAUUACCGAAAUACUCGUCCGACCCCCCCGGAACCAUGUCGAUGAGGAAGUCGUCCAGGGAGGAGAGAUCCCGUUCGGCUUACCGCACGCCUAAGAUGUCUAGGUGCGAACUGUCCGACUGUGAGCUCAUGUGUUUUUUCGACAUGCACGAGCACAGCAACCAAGCAAGGGAAAAUGCGCACAGAAUUUUCGUCAACAGGAGUUUACACUUGGAAAACAUAAAAUUCUAUGGAUUCGAUAUGGACUACACGUUGGCCGAAUACAAGUCGCCAGCAUACGAAAGACUGGGAUUCGCGUUGGCCGUGGAAAGGUUGGUUUCGCUCGGUUACCCCACGCAAAUACUUCAGUUCGAGUACGAUCCAACAUUUCCUGUGAGAGGUCUGUGGUUCGAUUCGCUGUAUGGCACUCUGCUCAAAGUGGAUUCCUACGGUAACAUAUUGGUGUGUGUGCAGGGUUUCGAAUUUUUAAAACAUUCACAAGUAUACGAAUUGUAUCCAAACAAGUUUCUUCAGUUGGACGAGUCCCGCGUUUACGUGCUCAACACGCUGUUCAACCUUCCAGAAACAUAUUUACUGGCGUGCCUCAUGAACUAUUUCACUACUUCGCCCAACUACAUUAGAGAGAAAACCGGCGUGCGCAGCGGAGACCUGUUCAUGUCUUUCAAAUCGAUUUUCCAAGACGUCAGAAACGCCGUCGACUGGAUACACAUUCACGGUGAUCUGAAAGCGAGGACCAUCCAAAAUCUGUCGGACUACGUCAACAAAGAUUCGAGACUGCCCAUGUUCUUGGACCGUAUUCGUCAGAGCGGCGCCAAAGUGUUUCUGUUGACUAACAGCGACUACUGGUUCACCAACAUGAUCAUGACUUAUCUGUUCGACUACCCUCAUGGCGCUUCGCCGAACGAGCCGCACCGAGACUGGCAGACGUACUUCGACAUAGUCGUCGUGGACGCCAGGAAACCUUUGUUCUUCAGCGAAGGCACGAUACUGCGGCAAGUCGACACCAAAUCGGGAGCCUUGAAAAUGGGCACGCACAUCGGACCCCUGCUCAAGGGUCAAGUGUACUCUGGAGGUUCGUGUGACGUGUUCACCAAGCUGAUCGGCGCCAAGGGCAAAGACGUGCUGUACGUGGGCGAUCACAUAUUUGGCGACAUACUCAAGUCUAAGAAGAUCAGAGGCUGGAGAACGUUUUUGGUCGUGCCCGAGUUGGUGCAAGAGCUGCACGUGUGGACCGACAAGUGUCAGCUGUUCGCGGAGCUGCAGAACUUUGACAUAGCCUUAGGCAACAUGUACAAAAACUUGGACAGUAGCACCAACGAGAAGCCGGACAUAUCGAAAUUGCGCAUAGCCAUGCGGGACGUGACGCACAAGAUGGACUUGUCCUACGGCCUGAUGGGCAGCCUCUUCCGGUCGGGCUCCAGGCAGACGUUCUUCUCGUCUCAAGUCACUCGGUACGCCGACAUAUACGCCGCCUCGUUUCUCAAUCUCAUCUACUACCCGUUUUGCUACAUGUUCAGAGCGCCGGCCAUGUUGAUGCCGCACGAGUCGACUGUAGCGCACGAACACGAACAGAGAUUAAGCAAAGAGGAGGCUUCUUCGAUUAAUGCUAUUAAUGAAGAAAACACAACUCAAAAACCAGAGCUUACAAUGAAACCUCUGGAUUCCGCGUUGGAUCAAAUUCAAAAUGCAAACACUUUCACGACGUCUAGGCCCGUUUCAGUGACGCACACCCACGACGAAGACUGUUCGGACGACGAAGAUAUAGGUGGCCAAAAACAAUAGGUUUAAGUUUUUAAAUAUAUAUGGUACUUAUGUAUACACAUACUCGAAUACAUAAUAUAUGUAUAUAUAUAUAUAUAUAUAUAUUAACUAACUGUCAUUUUCAUGUAAAUCAUAAAGUUCACGUCAUGACAAAAUAUGUUUUUGUCACAGUGAUUAAAAAAAAAAAAAAAAACUAAUCUAGUUAUUAUAAGGUAUUAUUGUUAAUACGGUACAACAAGGUUUUUAUUUGUGAUGACAAUAAAACAGUGGUUUUUUAUUCAUUUUACAGUAUUGACUAUAAUUUUUUCAGCAAAUAUCAAUUUUAAUAAGUACUUGUCGAUAUAAUAUGUAUUAUUGUUGUUAUAAAUAAAAGUUUUACUUCGCUAGUCUCUACUAUAAAGUGAUGAAAUUUUACGAAGAAAAACAUACAUCGUAACAUUUUGAAGAAACCUUAUUAAAAUAUAUUAUUAUAAAUAGUUUAUGUUACGUGUAUAAACUUGCUCAUAACAAAAAAAUUUAAAGAUAAUCAUUUUUUUAUCGGUCGUCCAACAAUGAAUUACAAUAUUGUAGCAAUACCAUCAAUGAACAAUAUUAUACUGUAUAAUCAAUAUUUUAUUAAAACAGAUUAUUUUAUAUUUUAAAGACGAUUAACAAGACGAGUAGUGUAUGGAGUAACCUUUGGACAUUUUUUUUAGCAUACCUAAAAUUAUUAUGUGUACUUUGUAUAUUGAACGAUUAGUUUUUAUGUAAUUUACCUAAAAUAUUAUUAUGUAUGUAAUUAUAUAUAUACUUUUGUUUUUUAA